ACAAUAGUAACACUAAUACAUGGCAGAGCAGCAAGAGAAGAGAAGAGAAGAAAAGCCGCAGGAACCAAUAAUCCCUCCAUUUCCCAGCAGAAAAUUCCAGCGAUGGGUUACAUGCAGGAAGCUCGUGAGAAUCAUGUCAAGAAGAAAGUUGAGGAAGCUUUGAGGAGCAAGAUGAAGCAAAAAGCACUAAAAGAAUGCGAUGAGUACACUUCGAAAUAUGCGCAGUGUGCCGCUGGGAAGACUCUUUCUAUCGUAUGGCAAUGUCGUAAACAAGCUAAAGAAUUGAAUGAUUGUCUUCAUCAAUUCACCAAUGAUGCUGUCUUGGAAGAAAUGAAGAAAGAAUACAUGCUUCAGGAAAAUCACAGAGGAUCUGCAAGAGUCUAAGAUCAUUCCCAUUUCCUGCGCUGGCCACAGAGUCUUGCAUACAAGUAUUCAACGUACAACUUAUUCGUUUUAAUCCAUAUGCUUGCCUUGGAACUUCCAUCUUUUGCAGUGUUAUAGGGCAAAUAUCUAUAUGCAUAUUUAUAUAUAUGAUGGUCCUAUCUCCGAUAGUUGCAAAUACUUUGUGCAUUGAUUAAAUCAUGGAUCUAUCUGGAACUGCAGUUUGAGAUUUUGGGAUAUCUAAACCAAA